GUCACAGUGGUGCUGGUUGUAGAGGUUAUCAGGCAUACUUCGUUAAGGCCCUUUCUUCCAGCUGAUAGGGGCACAUGGAAGCCAAGGAUCAGCUGAGCCCUGGGGCUGAUACUUGCCCACAUUGCUGAUCCCUGGUGUGGCACCAAGACAAAGGUUAAGCCAGAGCUCGCCUACACAGUGAUCCUGAUGUCAGUUCUGAACCACUCACUCAAGGCUGAGAUAACCAGGUCUUUCAGUUGACCUCAUUCUUCUUGAGAGCACCAACUGUGUUUUCCUGGCACAACCCCUCAGACAAGAUCUGACCUUGCCUAGCAACAGGCCUCACUUGGCGCCAUGGCUUCUGCAGAGCCCCUGACCGCGCUGUCCCGCUGGUACCUGUACGCCAUCCACGGCUACUUCUGCGAGGUGAUGUUUACCGCGGCCUGGGAGUUCGUGGUGAAUUUUAACUGGAAGUUUCCGGGCGUCACGAGCGUCUGGGCCCUGUUCAUCUACGGCACCUCCAUCCUCAUCGUGGAGCGCAUGUACCUGCGCCUGCGCGCACGCUGCCCGCUGCUGGUGCGCUGCCUCAUCUACACGCUCUGGACCUACCUGUGGGAGUUCACCACGGGCCUCCUCCUGCGCCAGUUCAACGCCUGCCCUUGGGACUACUCCCAGUUCGACUUUGACUUCAUGGGCCUCAUCACCCUGGAAUACGCGGUGCCCUGGUUCUGUGGGGCCCUCAUCAUGGAGCAGUUCAUCAUUCGCAACACCCUCCGCCUGCGCUUUGACAAGGACGCGGAGCCUGGGGAGCCCAGUGGCCCUCCAGCCCUGGCCAAUGGCCACAUCAAGACUGACUGACGGGGGCGGGGCCUGGAGAGGGGUGGGGGUGGGCUCCCUCAUGGAACUCGUGGACAGAGAGGCCAAGCUGUUCAGCACAAGCCCUGGGCCUCCCCUUGGUAGAGCAAACGGCCGGCCCCCGUAUUCUCUAUGGAAGGAUGAUCUUGGGGCCACAGAAGGACUUUGGAGAAGGGCCACGAAUCUCAGCCCAGCUCAGCCCACCAUGGGGCUGCCAGCCAGAGGUUUGUGGCUGAGCAACGGCGGAACUACAAGGAUGGACUUUGGAAGCAGCGGGCCUGUUACUGGCUAAGAAACAUUGAGACUGGGGUUGCAGGUGGGAGGCAAGCCAAGGAGGCUAUGGCUACCUCUGUAGCACCUGCCCACCUCCCGUAUGGAUUUCGCUGGGCUUUGGCUGGUUCCAUUAGGCAAUAUUCAGGUGCUUGCUUGCAACCAAUACCUCCCUGGGGGCCUCUACGCUGCAGCCUCAGACUGACUGGGCGGCCAGGAGGCUGCUUGGUGGUUGAGAUGGUGUGCAAAGGCUGGGGAACCAUCUUCUGCUCCUCUCUCCUCCCCCAGGGCCCCAUGCUGCUCCCUUGGCCCUUUGGGGCCCCCCUCCCCCUCCCCACACCCCCAUGGUGCUGGAUUCCCACCAACCUUGGGCUUUUGGAGGUUUUCAUCCCCGCGUGUUCGGUGGCGUUUCCCCUUCUCUCUUAUGUUCAAGGCCUUUGCCACUAGCUGCCCUUUUCUCCAGUCAGUCACUGUCCCAUCCCAUGUUCUCAACCCCCUUGCCAACACAGCAGCUGCCAUAGGUGAAGCCCUGAGACAGACCUCCACCUCUGCUUGCCUGUAGCCUUCCUCCCUCACCCCCCCUCCCCACCUGCCAUUCUCUCACUGGCCUGAUGCCUAGGGGAGGUUCUAAGUUUCUCCCAGCUCUGGUGGUGGUGGUGGUGGGGAGCUGGGGCAGUGCUUUCUCCCUGCUGGGGCCCUACUGAAAAUAGUAUUUAUUCCCCAGUGCACAGAUCAGCUGAGAGGGCCCCUGUGGAUCCCAAUGGGAGCCUAGAGACAAAUCAGUUCCAUGGGGGAAAAAAGCAAAGCUCCAGGUCAUAUUUGACUUUGAAAAUGGAUUUUCAAGCCCGUCAGCUUCCUAGGGGCCAGGAGCUCUAUGGAAAUGAGGAACCGAAAGAGGACUCUUUGGAGCCUCCCUCUACAACAAUGGAUGGGUUCUGAUUCUACCAUGGCCCAGCUCUGCAGCAAAAUCUCAGGGCUGCCCCUUUUCCAACCCUUCCAGCAAGGCUGACCCACCGAGUUUUGUCCCUCCAACAGUAUUAGCCAUGCCACAACUCAUGGGCAUCGCCAUCUUGGUUGGCUCCCCUUUCCAUGACAGGUCCAAUGCUGGCAGUGGACAGGUAAGAUCUUCAUUCCGGGCCCUCUUGGGCUCUGUCCCUCAUUCUUGAGGGAAGGGGUCUAUAAGCGAGUGUGCCAUCCUGUGAGACAUGCUCUGUUGGUCACCCUAGGAUUAGGAGGUGAAAGCUAACAUUUCCUUUCUUUUAGCAUUUAGAUAAUUAAAAAGAAUCUCCUCCUG